GCUUCAGUAGGGUGGAGAGGAGCGGAGCUGCAAGGAGGAAAGGAGGGGUCGAUGAAGAGAAAGACAGGAGGAAAAGGAGGGUAGAGGUGCGGGCUGUCAAAGGAUAUCACCGUUGGUGUAAAAAAAACAACAAAACAAAACUAAACAAGCAAAAAAAGAAAAAACAGCAAAAAAACAAAUUACAGCGGAGACUUUGGGUUGCCUUUGCCCUCCUUUUUGACUUGGCGGAGGUCGGUGUUUUGGGAGGAUAAUCUGUGAGUGAAGCUGCCGGGUGCGAGGUGGGAGGAGGUGGGGGGUUGGACCUCCAGGAGCUCGGUGUGCUGCUGCUGCUGUAGACCCGCACAGCAUCAACAUGGAGCUGGAGAACAUCGUGGCCAACACCGUGCUGCUCAAAGCCCGGGAAGGAGGUGGUGGGAACAGAAAAGGAAAAAGCAAGAAAUGGAAGCAGAUGCUGCAGUUUCCACAUAUAAGUCUUUGUGAGGAGCUGCGACAGAGCACAGAAAAAGAUUACAGCAGUUUCUGUGAGCGGCAGCCAAUCGGACGCUUGAUGUUCAGACAGUUCUGUGACACCAGGCCUGAGCUGAGACGCUGUGUCAAGUUCCUGGAUGCUGUGGCAGAGUAUGAAGUUACUCCGGACGAGAGGAGGAAGGAGUGCGGUCAGGAACUCAUCGACAAAUAUUUCAACCCAAAGUCGGAGGACAACGUGUCUGAGGUGGAGGAGGCCAUGAUAGCUCAGUGUGCUGAGAGGCUGCAACAUGAGGCCUGCAAAGAGCUCUUCAAGGACUGUACCAAAUUGAUCCACGACUACCUGAGUGUGGCGCCCUUCGCAGAUUAUCUCGACAGCAUGUACUACAACAGGUUCCUCCAGUGGAAAUGGUUGGAGAGGCAGCCAGUGACGAAAAACACAUUCAGACAGUACCGAGUCUUAGGAAAAGGAGGUUUUGGAGAGGUGUGUGCGUGCCAGGUACGAGCCACGGGGAAAAUGUACGCUUGCAAAAAGCUGGAGAAGAAGAGGAUAAAGAAGAGGAAAGGAGAGUCCAUGGCGCUCAACGAGAAACAGAUCCUGGAGAAAGUCAACAGCAGAUUUGUUGUGAGUUUAGCGUACGCCUACGAGACGAAGGACGCUCUGUGUCUCGUGCUGACCCUCAUGAACGGCGGAGACCUGAAGUUUCACAUCUAUCACAUGGGCGACGCCGGCUUCGACGAGAGGAGGGCCGUGUUCUACGCUGCAGAGAUCUGCUGCGGCCUGGAGGACCUGCACCGAGAGCGCAUCGUCUACAGAGACCUGAAGCCAGAGAACAUCCUGCUGGACGACCACGGACACAUCAGGAUAUCAGACUUGGGUCUGGCCGUCUACGUUCCAGAGGGACAGACCAUCAAGGGCCGGGUGGGGACGGUGGGAUACAUGGCUCCCGAAGUGGUGAAAAAUGAGCGGUACACCUUCAGCCCCGACUGGUGGGCGAUGGGCUGCCUGGUGUACGAGAUGGUGGAGGGCCAGUCCCCGUUCCAGCAGAGGAAGAAGAAGAUCAAGAGGGAGGAAGUGGAGCGGUUGGUGAAGGAUGUGGAGGAGGAAUAUUCCAGCAAGUUCUCCGAGGACGCCAAGUCCUUCUGUCAAAUGCUGCUGGCCAAAGAUCCCACAGAGAGGCUGGGCUCCCAGGGGGGCGGAGCCUCUGAGGUAAAAGCCCAUCCUCUCUUCUGCUCCAUCAACUUCAAACGUCUGGAGGCCGGAAUGCUGCAGGCGCCCUUCACCCCUGAUCCUCAGGCCAUCUACUGCAAAGACGUGCUGGACAUCGAGCAGUUCUCCACCGUGAAAGGUGUGGAGCUGGAGGCGAAAGACGAGUCUUUCUACGGCAAAGUGUCCACAGGCUGCGUCUCUAUUCCCUGGCAGAACGAGAUGAUCGAGACGGAGUGUUUCUCGGAGCUGAACGUGUUCCACCUGGACGGCAUGGUUCCUCCCGACCUGGACUGGAGAGGGCAGCCGUCUCCUCCACCCAAACAGGGAUUGUUGCAGCGACUGUUCGGUAGACAGGAAUGCUGCGGUAACUGCAGCGACAGCGACGAGGAACCCACCAGGCUGUGACACACUCAUGCACAUAACCUUUUGUUUACAACUUUUGCACAUUUGUAUUUUUAAGGUAGUACUAUAUCUAAGUGUCAGAAUGUAUAUUUUCAGCAUAGCCAUAAUGUUUAUUGUUAUUUAAAAGUAUGAAAUAUCUGUGUGUCGACAUCUUUCAAACUGGAGACAAAGACAGACAGAUAAUUUUUUUUUAUUGCUUCUUUUAAAAAAAAAAAAUCAAUAUUUUUUGUUCAGGGAAGGCUUCGCUUUCUUCCAUUUACACACUGAACCGAGAGCUGCUGCUGCCGAGCAGCUCCACUGGAACAAGCGCCUGCUGUAAAAGUGCCUUGCUCGAGGGCACCGUGGCUGUGGUUACCAAGAGAGGACUGAGCAUUCCUAGAUCACUUUGUUUUCCCACAUUGUCCAGGGGAAGCAGUGAUUUUCAGCCCAUGAACUGUGACCACUUCACUCCGUCUGCCCUCCAAUCUGCUGUGACCAACCUCGCUGCAUUUUUACUCUUCCUUCCUCUCUUCGUUUUGCUUUGACAGUAUGGUUUCAAUAUUUCAAGUCAAAAACUAUAAAGUCUGCUUUGGCAGUCUUGUUUUGUUUUUCUUAAACUUAUUGUUCAAAUUGAUUUUUUCCUGAUGGAUUUCUCAAGACAAUCGACACCUCGGGUCUGUGAAGCUCCAGUUACGCUUGUUGUUAGAUGCCGGUUUUAGGAUGUGGCUGAGAAGACGCUCACUCCAAUCAUGCAGAAACUGAUCAUCGUCAUCACUCACGAUGGUCCAAACUUGCAUUUACCAGCAUGCAUUGCAUAAAAUAAAUAAAUAAAAUCUGUUAUGUAAAAUACAAAGGAGAAAAAUUUAACUACUUUAGAGGAGUUCUUCCGCUAACGUCCUUGAGGGGGAAAAAAAGAAAAAAAAAUGCUUAGUUAAUCAUUUUGUCAUAUCUGCAGUCUGUCAGCUCUGAUCUGGGUCUGCAGCGUAGAGAAAUACUGAAAUCUGAACGCCUCUCUCAGAGAUAUUUUCAAACCUCGCCCCCCAAAUAAAGUGUCAGUUUUUGAGUUUAGUUAGUUAGUUUUUUACUUAAUUGUUAUCUGCAUCAGACACGUCAAUAAAUGCUCUCACCAACAUAAAAAUUCAUUUCUUUUAGAAUAUGUCCCCUUUAAUAAAUAAUACUAUUAAUGUGUAGUCAGUUUUACAACCUGCUCCUCUUGAUAUGACAAGUUGCCGUUGACAAAUGUAUGUUUUUUGAGUAGAAAGGUAUCAAACAACAUAAAAUUGAAUUCUAUGGGAGGGAGUUUGAUGGAAAAAAAAAACAAUUCAUAACCUGGGCAGCAUCACAAGUGAUAUCGCACAAAAACAAAGAGAGCUUUUUUUGGACUACAUGCCACUGCUUUUUAGAUGCAAACACAAAAUGACUUUUAUAUUUGUCUGCUGCUGUCCUUGAUUCGGCAGCUGUUAAAUAGCCGUUUCCUGCACACCCAAGUGUGCAAACAGUGGCCACAUUUCCUGUGUAAAUGUUGCUGAAAUGGUCAGAAGCUCACAUACUGUAUCAGACUGAAAUGUACUGUUAGUAGGAUCUUCUAGUUUAUUUGCACAGACAAGAUGCAAUAGACAUUGUUGACCGUGAAGGUCGCUCACUGACAGGAAAGAGAAAGCAAAAAAAGAAAUAACCGUGUUGUUGCCUGUGUGAUCUGAACUCGGGGGGGGUGAUGGGAGUCUGGGAUAUGUUUCUUCAGCCAGACCUUCACUCUGAGUGAAACACACAAACCUGCACUGCAGAUAUUCCUGCUGUGUCCUUGUUAGUGCUCCAAGAUCAUCCGUUUCAUUUCCAGAAAACUUACUUUCACCGUGAUGAUAGAGAGAAUCAACUUCCUCAUCCUUUUCCCAUGUUAUGCUCCUGCUCUAGAUAAUCAGCAUCUUCAAACCAUCUGGAUUUGGGGUCUUAGAAAAGUCAAUGAGCUAUUCUCCCAUGUACGCAGCUUAUCCGUUGUCAUGGUAACUCAUCUAACUAGACCAUCCAAAUACUAGAUUUACUGGAGCUCAGCAUCAAUCUGUUUUAAAAAAAAAUCAGUGUGUUAACGUUUUUUUUUUGGCUUCAGGAGACCGAGGCUGGCAGAUACUGUAAAUGUGUGACAGGCAAGGGAAUAUUGCAGUAUUUUCUUCAUGAUUUCUUUGCAAAUCCACAACAAACUCCACCUACACCACCAUAAACCACUCCAUUUCUGAUUUUUUUUUUCUAUUUAGAAAAAGCAAGACACGACAUCAGAUUCCUCUCAGGGUUUCGGUCUACCUCUCAUUUUCUCUUUACUUUGCUGACAAGCAAAUGGCGUUCUGAUGAUUUCUUGACUGUGCAGCUUGGCUCUGCUGUUGCCUGUUUCACGCCUCUACAGGAAGACAGUCCAAAGAUCAGUUCACCCACACGCACCACACAAGUCCCUGAAUGUGGGGCAACAACAAGAGUAACUGAAGCUUUCAGGUCCGACCCCGUGACUGAAGCUGGUGUUUUUGCUGCCUCAGCAAUUUCCUUAAAGAAUAUGGCCUCUGAUUCUAAGCUAUUAAAAUGAAAUACCUCUGAA